GGAGCAGCUUGGCGGCGGCCCCUCGGCUUCUCAAAGCGCAGAGAUAGGCUCCGUUCCCUCAUCUCUGGAUCGCCAAAUCACGCUCAGCCAACAUGGACCCUGACUCUAAGAGGACCGCGGCGGAGAAAGGGAGCCCGUUGCAACCCCCGGAAGAAGAGGAGGAAGUGGACCCCAGGAUACAAGUAGAACUAGAAAAGUUGAAUCAAUCUACAGAUUAUAUUAAUCGGAGAGAAACGGAACUUGAGGAUGCACGUCAGAAAUUCCGUUCAGUUCUGGUGGAAGCUACAAUAAAACUAGAUGAACUUGUGAAGAAGAUUGGAAAAUCUGUAGAAGAUUCAAAGCCUUAUUGGGAAGCCCGAAGGGUUGCCAGGCAGGCUCAGCUAGAAGCUCAGAAAGCAACACAGGAUUUUCAGAGAGCAACAGAGGUGCUACGGGCUGCUAAGGAAACCAUUUCUCUUGCAGAACAGAGGCUGCUGGAAGAUGAUAAACGUCAAUUUGAUUCUGCAUGGCAAGAAAUGCUCAAUCAUGCCACCCAGCGGGUUAUGGAAGCAGAGCAGACAAAAACUAGAAGUGAACUUGUACAUAAAGAAACAGCAGCCAAAUACAAUGCUGCCAUGGGCAGAAUGAAACAGUUGGAGAAGAAGCUGAAAAGAGCUAUUAACAAAUCCAAGCCUUAUUUUGAACUCAAAGCAAAAUAUUAUGUACAAUUCGAGCAAUUAAAAAAGAUAGUGGAUGAUCUGCAAACAAAAUUGGCUUUGGCAAAGGGUGAAUACAAAGCAGCCUUGAAGAACUUGGAGAUGAUCUCUGAUGAGAUUCAUGAGAGGCGGCGAGCUUCAUCAAUGGGGCCCAGAGGAUGUGGUGUUGGGGCUGAAGGCAAUAGUACUUCAACAGAAGACCUUACAACAUGCAAGUUAGAUUCAGAUAAUGUUUCCAUGGCAUCAGAAGUUUUUGAAGAUGACACCUGCAGCAGCUUUGUGUCUGAAGAAGACUCUGAAACUCAGUCUCUAUCUAGUUUCAGUUCUGGUCCAACAAGCCCUUUUGAUAUACCUGCUCAGUUUCUUCCAAUGACUCGACCUAAAAGCUUGGAUUUAUCUAGCCCCAUAUCACUAUCUGAAUUUGGGGUAUUUCCUCUUUUAGGCCCUCGCAGUGAAUGUAGUGGGGCAUCCUCUCCUGAAUGUGAAAUUGAAAGAGGAGACAGGGCAGAAGGAGCUGAGAACAAGAUACUUGACAGAGUGAACAAGAACAAGAGUGUAGGUAGCAGCUCUUCUUCCAGUGGCCCAGUGCCGGACAAUCAGUUGAAGCAACUUUCCCUACAAUGCCUGAAAGUCAAGGAUGGGAUUUGUGCAGACAAACAAAUAGUACAAAUUGGGUGAAGUAAUAUCCAGGGGCUAAUGAGGAAUUAAUUUAUACACAGAUGUUUCCUGAUUGUCAGAACCUUGUGCCAAAAACUAAUAUGUGCCAAAUUUUUAAGCCUUUACUGCACAAUAAAGGCUUACACAAUUGUUGAGGGCUAAAGUAUGUACAUUGAAAUAUGUAACAGAAAUCUUGGUCAGGACAGAAAUUUUAAAGGACAGAAAUACCAAUCCUUAAGAUAUUUUGUAAUAGUUUGGGAGAAGCAAUAACUAAUACGAGUCCUCUAUGAAAUUUAGGGCACUCUGGCACUCAGAGCAAAGCCAAGUUGGGAGGAUUAGCUGAUAUCUUGUUUGUAAUUUGAGUUGCUGUUUAAUGCCGUAAAAUUCCAGGAUGCUAGCAGAAUAUCCUUUGAAAUACUUUGUAUUGUGUUUGGGUUACCAAAGGAAGCUGCUGCACGUAACAGAAUUUAAGAAUUCAGUCUUCCUAUAGAUUCAUGAGGGUUGAUACAUUAUACCUCAAAGGUAAUUAAAAUGUUAAUUUAAUUUAAUCCCUUUAGCUUUUUACACAGCUGUGGGGAGGAUAUAGACAGGAAGAUGUGUGUGUGUGUGUGUGUGUGUAUACACACAUAUAAAAUGAUGAAAACAAAAUGGUCAGUUGAAAACAUUAAUGUAGGAUACCACUUUGUUGUGAAGUACCAAUCAUCAUAAUCACAAAGCAUAGAUAGGAAGAUUACCCCACAUCCCAUCAAGUAAAAAAGAGAAAUGUGCAUGAAUGGAAUAAUUGCCAUAGCAUUGAUAUGGGGAACAUUUUCUAGUAUCUCUGCAUUAUUAAGUAUAGCAUUUCAGGAGUAGUUAAAAGAGUUAGAAGUUAGUAUUCUUUAAGUAAACUAUAAACAAGAUAGAAAGGAAGCUGAAGCAUGUAAGCAACAACUAUUAGAGAACUGGAAUUGAUGCUAGUAAGAAAUAGUUAAAAGCAUAAAGUUGCUUUAGUAAACUAGUUAACUAGUAGUUAACAUUUCUAAAAAUUGGCCUAGGUCAUAUUUAAUGAAGCAUUACUGAUAAGCAAUAAUCCUUUCAAUAUUUUUUUAAAAUUUGGCUUAAUUUUGUUAUAUUUUGUCAAUGGUAUGUGUAUAUUCUUAAAACAAAUGUAAAGAUUAUUUCACACUGUCUCCUCUGCCCUUUUUGUUUUCAUGUGUAGAAUGGUUAUUUUUAAUCUUUACAACUUCAUUCUUCAAAUAUGUCUGUCUAUCUGUCUUUCUUCCAUAUAUAUAUUUUGCAAGGAUCUUUGCAAGGAACAAUUGGAAUGGUAAAAAUAAAAUGAGAACUAGAAAUGUUA